CUGGGCAUGCAGAGUGCCAGGCACUGUCCCCCAAGGUCACCUCUGGUGUUGAUAGGGGUGUCCCUCCCAAGCAAUCUGGCUCAGCCAUACAUAAAAGCAGGGCCACCCAGACCUUGUUGUACCACCAUGCAGGGGCCACACUUCUCUCCACUGGCACUGCUGCUAGCGACUAUGGGGGCUGUGUUACAGGCUGAGGCGGUUGAAGAGCUGGCCACCAAUACCAGGGGCCUCAUCUUCCUUGAAGAUGGGCUCUGGCCCCCCAGCAUCCCCCCUGAGCCUUUGUGCCUGGUGACAGUGAGAGGAGAGGGGAACACAAGCAGAGCUUCCCUGAGGGUGGUGGGGGGUCUGGACAGCUAUGAGCAUGCCUUCCUGGAGGCUGUCCAGGAGUCUCGCUGGGGACCCCAAGACCUGGCCACCUUUGGAGUCUGCAGCACUGACUCCCAGGCUACCCUGCCUGCCCUGCAGCGCCUUGGGGUCUGGCUAGGGGAAACUGGAGAACAGCAGUUGCUAGUCUUACAUCUGGCUGAAGUGAUAUGGGAGCCUGAGCUCUUGCUGAAGUUCCAAGAACCUCCACCUGGGGGAGCCAGCCGCUGGGAGCAGGCCCUGUUAGUGCUAUACCCUGGACCAGGCCCCCAGGUCACAGUCACAGGGACUGGACUGCAGGGCACACAGAACCUCUGCCCUACUCGGGACACCCGCUAUUUGGUGCUGACUGUGGACUUCCCAGCGGGGGCCUGGAGCGGCUCGGGCCUCGCCCUAACCCUUCAACCAAGCAGAGAAGGUGCCACCCUAAGCACCGCUCAGCUGCAGGCCCUUCUGUUUGGCUCUGAUUCCCGCUGCUUCACGCGAAUGACUCCCACCCUGGUGCUGCUGCCACCCGCCGAGCAGUCACCGCAGCCAGCACACGGCCAGCUGGACACCAUGCCUUUCCCGCAGCCCGGGCUGUCCCUGGAGCCUGAGGCUCUGUCACACAGCACCGACCCCUUCCUAGAGACCCUCACUCGCUUGGUCCGUGCUCUGCGGGGACCUCUGACCCGAGCCUCGAACACCCAUCUGGCACUGGACCCUGGUGCGCUGGCCAGCUUCCCACAGGGCCUGGUCAACCUGUCAGACCCCGCAGCACUGGGACGUCUGCUCGAUGGGGAGGAACCCCUAUUACUGCUGCUGUCAUCACCCGCUGCGGCCACAGAGAGGGAACCUAUGCCUCUGCACGGCCCCGCUUCUGCUCCCUGGGCAGCGGGCCUGGCACGCAGGGUAGCGGUGGAGCUGCAGGCGGCAGCCUCGGAGCUGCGGGACCUCCCGGGCCUGCCACCCACAGCUCCCCCGCUGCUGUCACGCCUGCUGGCGCUGUGCCCCAACGACUCCCGCAGCUCUGGGGACCCUCUGCGCGCGCUGCUGCUGCUAAAGGCGCUGCAAGGCUUGCGUGCCGAGUGGCGUGGGCGGGAAGGGCGUGGGAGGGCGGGGCGCAGCGCGGGGACAGGGACAGACGGGCCUUGUGCGCUACGCGAGCUGAGUGUAGAUCUGCGCGCCGAGCGUUCGGUGCUCAUCCCAGAGACCUACCAAGCCAACAACUGCCAAGGCGCCUGCGCGUGGCCGCAGUCUGACCGUAACCCGCGCUAUGGGAACCACGUGGUGCUGCUGCUAAAAAUGCAGGCUCGCGGGGUCGCCCUGGGCCGCCUGCCCUGCUGCGUGCCCACUGCCUACGCGGGCAAGCUGCUCAUCAGUCUGUCCGAGGAGCGCAUCAGCGCGCACCACGUGCCCAACAUGGUAGCCACCGAGUGCGGCUGCCGGUGAUGCCCGUCCUCCUUCCCUCCUCCCGCCCCC